UUCGGGAGUUUUACAAGCUAACGAAAUAUAUUCUAGCAUGAGCUGUUGCAUGGGGAAAGGUUGAAGAAUAUGGGCCUUCUCUGUUUAGAAAAAAAAAGUUGAUAAAGUGAUUCAUGGGAUGGAGCAAGUGAACUGAAAUAACCUUUUCUCUCUUUUUUGUAAAAACGAAAGCUAAUGGCCAUUCACUUCUUACCCAACAUGAAAUUAGACUGUGGAAUGUGUUCCCAGCUCUUCGUAGUGAUGCCCAGGAGCAUAGAUGACUUUCAAGGGUUUAGAUAGAUUCAUGGAGGCUAAUGGGAACUUCCAAAAACCCAAGACUCAAUCAACCAGUGACCUCUGGUGUAAAAAAUGCAUUCUGAGAUUUCGGGACCUUUCUGGCACCUAUCAAAAGUACUCUUUUUUCCUAAGGAAUGACUUUGCUCCAUAUUUGGAAAUGUGUUUGUGUUAGGGACUCCUUUGGCUGCUUAUAUCAACAAGAGUUCCCUAAGAUGAAUCUGUCACUGAGUCUGCAUAGUUCUGGAAACUUUGUGUGCUGCACCCCAGUUUGAAUUGUAAUUCAUGCAGCUACUCUGCAAUCAUGUUAAUACUUACAGAAAGGACAUGGUGUCUGUUUGUCAGGCUGAAGAGUUCACGCCAUGCCUCUGUAGCGUCGUAUCUUUCUGUGUGGCCAAAGAAAGGUCCUGUCCGUUGUCCCACAUUCGUCAGGCAAUAUGGUUCUGAAGCUGUCAAGGAUGUCACAGAUAUGUCCCUGUUUCCUGCAGAGAAUAUUAGAAAUUUCAGCAUUAUUGCUCAUGUGGACCAUGGCAAAAGUACUCUAGCGGACAGGCUGUUGGAAAUAACAGGAACGAUUGCCAAAACUGCCCAUAAUAAACAAGUGCUGGAUAAGUUGCAAGUGGAGCGAGAAAGAGGGAUCACCGUCAAAGCUCAGACUGCCUCUCUUUUUUAUAAGCAGGAAGGAACAAAUUACCUUUUAAAUCUCAUCGACACGCCUGGCCAUGUAGAUUUUAGCUACGAAGUAGCACGAUCAUUGUCUGCUUGUCAAGGUGUCUUGCUUGUUGUGGAUGCGAACGAGGGCAUUCAAGCUCAAACCGUGGCAAACUUUUACCUUGCUUUCGAAGCGCAGCUCUCCAUAAUUCCUGUAAUAAAUAAGAUUGAUCUAAAGAAUGCCGAUCCUGAGAGGGUUGAAAAACAGAUUGAAAAAGUGUUUGAUAUUCCCAAAGAAGACUGUAUUAGGAUUUCUGCUAAACUUGGAACAAAUAUUGACGGAAUACUUCAAGCAAUUAUUGAAAGGAUUCCCCCGCCCAGUGCUAGCACUCGUGAUCCGCUGAAGGCUCUGGUGUUCGAUUCUACCUUUGACCAUUACCGAGGGGUCAUCGCUAACAUAGCGCUGUUUGGCGGGGAGGUCCACAAGGGCCAUAAGAUAACAUCAGUUUACACAAAAAAGACUUAUGAAGUUAAUGAAGUAGGAAUUUUGACACCCAGAGAACAACCAACCUAUAAAUUAUAUGCGGGCCAGGUGGGCUAUCUGAUUGCUGGAAUGAAAGAGAUUACGGAAGCCCAAAUAGGAGACACUCUCUAUUUGCAUGCUCUGCCUAUAUCAGUCUUAAUUCUUUAUUUCUUGACAGGCAUGUAUCCAGUAGACCAGUCGGAAUACAACAAUCUGAAAAGCGCGAUAGAAAAAUUGACCCUUAACGAUUCCAGCGUUACUGUUCACCGUGAUAGUAGUGUCGCCUUAGGAGCUGGGUGGAGGUUGGGUUUUCUUGGCCUUUUGCAUAUGGAAGUUUUUAAUCAGCGUUUGGAACAAGAAUACAACGCAUCCGUCAUCUUGACAGCGCCCACAGUUCCCUAUAAGGCAGUUCUUUCGUCAGCAAAAUUGAUAAAGGCACACAGGAAAGAGGAAAUAACCAUCAUAAAUCCUACUGAGUUUCCUGAUAAGUCAGCAGUGGCGGAAUAUUUGGAGCCUACUGUGACGGGCACCAUCAUAACACCGGAGGAACAUAUUGGCAAAAUAAUCACUCUGUGCCAGAGUCGAAGGGCUGUUCAGAAGGACUUGGUGUACAUCGAUGCUCACAGAGUCAUGAUGAAGUAUCUCUUCCCACUGAAUGAAAUUGUAGUAGAUUUCUACGAUGCUUUGAAAUCCCUCUCCUCAGGAUAUGCCAGUUUUGACUAUGAAGAUGCGGGAUACCAGGCUGCAGAUCUUGUCAAGAUGGACAUUCUUUUAAAUGGAAAAGCUGUAGAAGAACUGAUAACUAUUGUUCACAACGAAAAAGUGUACAAAGUAGGUAAAGUUCUAUGUGAACGCCUAAAAGAUAUUAUUCCAAGACAAAUGUUUGAAAUUACAAUUCAAGCAGCGGUUGGAAGCAAAAUAAUUGCAAGAGAAACGGUGAAAGCAUACAGGAAAAACGUCCUAGCAAAAUGUUACGGGGGAGACAUUUCACGGAAAAUGAAGCUGUUGAAGAGGCAAGCUGAAGGAAAGAAGAAGCUGAGGAAAAUUGGGAACGUGGAAGUGCCCAAGGAUGCAUUCAUCAGUGUUCUGAAGAGGCAGCCUGACACAUAACGCAUUUGCUGCGUCUGGCUACUUUGGCCUGAAGUGGUAGAAUGGGCCCCACUGGUUGGUGCUUUUUGCAAACUGGGCAAGAAGUCUUGAAUCUCACAUGCAGUGUAAAUGCACAUGGACAAAUGUCACAGAAGUGUUUUCAAAUUGGAACUGACUGCAUAAUGAAACUUGAUUCCGGGGA